AUGAGACAAAAUUUAAACUUUGUUGGUGGGCAAGCGGCUGAUUCGGUUGUGAAGGCGCCAUCUAUUAACUGCAAGCUUCAUAACGGAAGGUUUGGUUGCAGCACUUGCUUACAUGCUGGAAGGAGGUUAGCAGGUCGUGGGAACAAGAGAGUUUAUGAAUAUUGUCCCAAUAUUCCACCGAGAAGGAAUCACACUGAUUUCCUACUGCACGCUACUUUGGCAAAGCAAAGUGGGGAAACCUUAUAUGGAGUUAUGGGCACAUCACCUGUACAUGAUAUUCUAGAAAUACCUGAAAUGGUAUUGCUAGACUAUAUGCAUCAGGUUCUUGAAGGGGAGUAUACUAGGAGGCUUUCGAAAUGGUUCAACGGAAGUUGCCCUAGUGGAGUAAGCCUCCGAGAUGAAGCAACAAAGGAAACACUUACUGGAAAACUCAUGUCAACCCGACUUCCACAUGACUUCAAGAGAAAAUUGCGACAGGUUGAAGAAUUUAAGUGA